AUGGCACAGGAAUACGAUCCAGAGUAUCUUGCAGAGUCGAGGGUCACGCUGGUGACGGUCUUCUACUCCAUUCCCAUUGUCCUCAUGAUUUUGAGCACAACACUUCGAUUAUGGGCCAAGUUGAGAACUGAGCCAAAAAGGCUCGCGUUUGAUGAUUACCUGAUGAUCUGGGCAACUGGAAUUUCUGUUUCGUUUUGCAUAAUUGGACUUAUAUAUGGGCCCCCACAAGGUCUUGGUCGGCACAUUGAGGCCAUCACAUCAGAAGAUCUAAAAACCUUCAUGAUGGGCGACUACAUCUUUAGCCACCUCUACGAUGUUGCCCUUGCCAGCACCAAGCUCUCGGUGCUCGCACUGUACUACCGCGUCUUUCCCGUGCAAGCGUUCCGCAUCGUGGUCAUCCUCACCGCCGUAUUUGUCGUGCUCUGGAUGAUCACCAUGGAGGUGGUGCUGGGGUUCGAGUGCCGGCCGAUCCAGGCGUGGUGGCUGGCCGCCGAGGGCCAGUGCCUCAACCUCGUCGCCUUUGCCUACUUUACCAACAUCACCAACCUGGUCUCGGACAUGUGGAUCUUUGCCAUGCCCCUGCCCAUCAUCCUGAAGCUGCAGACCAAUACCAACAAGAGGUUGACGCUCUGCUUUCUGUUUUCUGUUGGCUUGGGCGUGUGCUCCAUCAGUGCUGCUCGGUUGAGGUUCGUCUUUGCCAAUGCGUCAACAGAUAUCACUUGGGACGCAGUACCGAUGGGUAUCCUAUCAGCUUGGGAACCUUGUGGAGGAAUACUGUGCGCCAACCUGCCCAUGGUAUACGGUAUGCUCAACCAGAGUAUUCGCAUGUCGAGGAUACGUCACAGUACAGCGCAUACAGACGCGUCUCAGUCUAUUGCAGGGUCCUCGAGAGGGCGCGCAUCCAAAGGCAGCUUCUCGCAGGGCUGGAUUCAUCUAAAAGACAGCUUCUCCAGUCACGACGAAUUGGGGUUGAAGCGGCCUGAGAGGUCAUAUAUAUGGAAGAUCAGUACGGGUACUAGCAGGUCGUCGACACAAUAA